GAAAAUGUUUCACUGAUAACUUGGAUAUUUUUAAUAAAAUAAAAAAGGAAAGAAGAGGAGAAUGGCUUUUACAAAUCUUAUGCUAGUAUUCAUAUUUAAUUUAUUAUAUUUAUCAUUAUCAUCAGGAAUCGAGAUACCAGAAGAAUUUCAGAAGUCGAAUCACACGAAUAACUGGGCUGUGCUAGUGGACACUUCACGAUUUUGGUUUAACUAUCGUCACGUUGCGAAUGUUUUAUCGAUUUAUCGGAGUGUGAAACGAUUAGGAAUACCUGACAGUCAGAUUAUUCUAAUGAUUUCUGACGAUAUGGCAUGUAACCCAAGGAAUCCCCGACCAGCAACUAUUUUUAAUAGUGCCCAUGAGCAGAUCAACGUGUAUGGAGAUGAUGUCGAAGUAGAUUAUAGAGGUUAUGAGGUGUCAGUUGAAAAUUUUAUCCGUCUGCUAACUGGCAGAGUACCACCUGACACACCUCGCUCCAAGCAAUUACUGACUGAUGAAGGUAGUAACAUACUAAUCUACCUAACAGGCCAUGGUGGUGACGGCUUCCUCAAGUUUCAGGACUCAGAAGAAGUGACCAGCCAAGAGCUUGCUGAUGCUUUGGAACAAAUGUGGCAGAAAAAAAGAUAUAAUGAAAUUUUUUUCAUAAUAGACACAUGUCAAGCUUCAUCAAUGUAUGAGAAGUUUUAUUCACCAAAUAUAUUAGCAACCGCAAGUAGUUUAGUCGGUGAAGAUUCACUUUCUCAUCAUGUUGAUUCAGCUAUUGGUGUAUACAUCAUUGAUAGAUACACAUACUAUGUGCUGGAGUUUUUGGAAAAUGUUCACCCUAACAGCAAAAGGACUAUGUCGGAAUUUUUGGCUGUAUGUCCGAAAAGUGCUUGCUUAUCGACAGUGGGAGUACGAAAAGAUUUAUUCAAUAGAGAUCCUAGUAAAGUGCCUAUCACCGACUUCUUUGGUUCAGUUAGACCAGUGAUCCUGACAACAGAUCCUAUAAAUAUUGUAGAGACACCAAAAAGAAAGAAAAAGACUGAGAAUAAAACCAAGAUACAAGUGAAACGGGACUAUGUGCCACAGUUUCCGAUGCAUCUAGUCCAAGUUACAUAAGGAAAAAGUAUUGUUUUUUUACAUAUGAUAAAUUAAAAUAUUU